GUUCUCAGCCAGUUGCUGGUGGAGGAGAAGGUGGCCAUAAGUGCUCCGCCUCAGUUACAUGUGACAUACCUACUGCUACUUUACAAUUUCAUAAUGGGUAUUUUAAUAGCAAAGCUGUGGAGUCUUUUUGGCAACGAAGAACAUAAAAUUGUAAUGGUUGGAUUAGACAAUGCUGGGAAAACUACUAUCCUCUAUCAGCUUCUAAUGAAUGAAGUCGUCCACACAUCUCCAACAAUUGGAAGUAAUGUGGAAGAAGUUGUGUGGAAAAAUCUUCACUUCAUUAUGUGGGAUCUUGGUGGUCAAGAAUCACUACGUUCUGCUUGGAAUACGUAUUACACAAACACAGAGUUCGUCAUCUUGGUAAUAGACUCUACAGAUCGUGAGCGUCUCAGCAUUACUCGAGAAGAAUUGUACAAGAUGCUUGCUCAUGAAGAACUUUCACGUGCAGCUGUGCUCAUAUUUGCAAAUAAACAGGAUAUUAAGGGCUCAAUGAGUGCGGCAGAGAUAUCACGUUUGUUAAAUUUAACAUCUAUAAAAAAACAUAGAUGGCAAAUUCAGGGAUGUUGUGCACUAACUGGGGAAGGAUUGUACCAAGGGCUAGAAUGGAUUGGCAGUACUUUAAAGAGCAAAUGACAAAGCUGUAACUCAAUACUCAGUGGGUAUGGAGAAGGCAAACCUCAAGCUGUGAUGGUCUUCAGUAAUAUGUGAAUGAUUAGGUUAUUUGCACCAAUGUAUGACUUAUUUGUUAAUUUUGUGUAUUAUUUGGAGAUGUCAUUACAAAAAAUUGUAAAAGGAAAGUUGAUGAAUAUUAUUUUCAUGGGCAAAUAUUCUUGAAAAUUUGACCUAAUAAGAGUGAGAGCUUCUGUUAAUAGAAGAACAGUUGGACGUUUGUGUAAAAACUGUGAUCAACCCAAGAAAUGUCCAAAAAUAUUAAAAUACUGUUCAUGUACAUAUAUAACAAAAUGUGGUGAAGCUUCGGGGUGAAACCCAGAGAGAAUAAACUGGUGCACUUUUGACUGAAUUGAACCCUAGGAAUGUAUGUUACAUGAACUCUGGUCCUAGUGGGACAUGUUCACAAUUAGAACAAAUCCAUUCAUAGUGCAUUACUGUUUUGGAAUAAAUUAUUACUUAAAGUACUUAGAACAUAAUGUACAUAAUUUUUUUCACAUUUGUGUCAAAAGUGGAUGUAUCCAUGAUUGUCUCAUACAGUGAUUGUUAAACAUAAUGUAGGCUUAUUAUGGCCUCAUUUUAGGACCUAUUUUGUAUACAGUACAGUAUAUGCAUAUCCACUAGUUAAUGGAUAAAAUAUUUAUUGAAAGUGAUUAUGAAAUGAGGUGCUAGUUUUCAUGAGGUACAUAGCCAAGUUAGCAUUUCUAAAUGUGUAGAACCUAAUGAUUAAUUAGGUUCAUUAAUUUCAGAAUUUGAAAUUAUGAAGAUCUUACAAAUGUUGAGGCAAAUAUAUUUUAUUGCAGUUUUUAUCCCAGAAGUAUACAAUAUAGACAAAUGUGCUUUACAAGAUUUUAAAUGUAAUUGUCCAAUCAUUGUGUUCUGUCUUUCCUUCACCAAUUAUUCUUCUGUAUUUUAUAUAAUUAUAAUUAGAUCAUUCUUUACUUUAUUUCAGUGUAGUUUAGUGAGCGAUCACAUAUGUAUACAACAAUUGUGGCUUGGUGAAAGUCAGGUGAACUUCUGUUGCCUAAAUAUAAUUUCUAAUGUGUUGUACCAGAAGUGUUGACAGGAAUGCUUUUAAGUCAGUUGCUAAAUCAUUAUUAUGGCUUCAAAAAGUAUCCAACUUCAUUUGUAUACUGAUCAUCAAGAAGUGUAGCAAAAAAAUUUGAAUUCCUCUUAGAUAUUUCUAUGGGGAGCCCCAUUGGCUCCUUGUAGCUAUCCCACUGAUAUAGUGCUAUAUUAGUUGGGGUCAUCAGUCGAAGAGUUCUGGUUGCCUACUGGGAUCUAGAGCCAAAAUCUUGCCCCCCCCCCUCAGAGAGGCACAGAGAGCAAUGGCCUAUGACCACUUUACAAAAAUGACAUAGCAGAGUAUGUCAUAUUUGGCCAUCUACCAGGGAAGAAACCCAGAAAGGUAGGCAAAUCAAAACAGACCACUGUCUGGUUCAAAAUUGUGAGCUACAGCCUCACAAUAGCAAAAGAACUCCCCCCAGAAAUCAAACAAACAAGCAACACAUCAUCUAACUAGCCCCCCCUGCUCACUACACUGUAGUCCAGCCAGGGGCAUUGGUGGGUGUCAGUGUGUUGGGCUCACAACUCAGUGCGGGAGUUUGCGGCAGUGUGGUUGGCGCUGCGGAGGAUUCGAGUUCCUCGGGGCUCGGUGAUCUGGCUCCAUUUGGACUGCUUCCCUGUGGUUCAGUCUCAACCAGGGGGGGGGGUAUCUCUUCAGUCCAUGGCUCUUUGGGGCUGGUUACUUCAGGUAGCUCUGUAACACUAUAAAUGGUUUUAUUUAAUAUUUCACAUACAACGAGAAUCAAGUGACACAGGAUAAUGGUAGCGCUAGGCAGUCGGCCUUAGCAUUUCAAAAGUAACAUAUUUUCAAGUGUUAAUUGUUCACACGUUGAGUAGAGGUCAGGACGUAUCAGGUGACCUUGCUCUCUGCUAAGCUGAUAAUUGCAGACGGGUGGCUGUGUUGUUUCCAUCAAACGAGCUGCUGUUUAGGUGUGGUAGGAAGAUAGCCAGAGGCUAUCUCCUGGUAGGUGGAGCUUAGUUCCCGGUUCCCCCUUAAAUAUUCGUGGAAUUGUUUACAGCUCUUUUGCUGAGUUCUCGGGGUUUAACUCUCCGCACCGUUCAUGUUCAGGGAGUAUCCAGUGUCCUGGCAGACGGCCUGUCGUGCAUCAUUCCUCUUUCCACGUAGAGGACGGUCAAUGCCGCUUCCUUCUUUUGGCUUUGCUGGACAUACUGGUGCCCAGAGGUGGGCCUCUUCGUGUUGGCGUGGUCUCAGUGUUUCCCAUUGUACGUGGCGCCGUUCCCUGAUUGCGAUACUCUCGCAGAGAAUGCUUUUCGGCAGGACUGGUUGAGGGGGGGGGGGGGAUUCCUUUGCCUCCUCUCCUGGUCCAGCUGUUGUUCCGGGUUCUAGCUUGACUGGAAUCCUUUCGGGGAAGAGUUCUUUUGGCCACAUGGUGGCCAGCCCAACCUUGGUUUCAGGUGCGGCUUGCUCGGUGUCCAAACCCGGGUGUUUUUUCGGUGCUCCGGCUCUUUCAGCAGGUCGGUCCGGUGAAGUACCUUGCUGGUUCAACUUACUUCACUGCAUUAAGCGUCUGGCAUUUCUGACGCUUGUGUAUUGCCAUUUGUAUGGUGAUCUGGUGGCUUCUUUGAUGGUGUCGGUCUUCAUCUCGGUGACAGUAUGAAGUCUCUUUGUGGUCUUUCUGCCAUUUUCAUUCUUUGUCAGUUUUGGACUCGGUUGUUUUGUCCUUUCUCUCGUGGCUUUUUCUAGAUCAGCAUCUCGUGAAAUUCUGUUGUUUUCUAUCGUGUGACGUUGGUGGGGCUGCCGCAGCAUAUGUUUGGGGUAGAUGUCACUUCCGCUCCGUUUCAUAAGCUUUCUUGUGCAUUCUUUCACCUUCGGACUGCUCGUGCACCACCAGAACCUUCUUGGUCAUUGGACUAGGUUCUUUUUCUUUCUUCUCCUCGGUUUGCGAUAGCCCCUUUUGUUUGUGAUUGUCUUUGAAACGUGUUGUUUUUGUUGGCCUUGACCUCUGGAGGUUGGGUUUGGGAGCUUUAUGCUCUUCUCUGGCACCGGGGGCUUUGUUCGUUUGCAGCCAUCUCCUUUUCUGGUAAAGAAAGAGACGCGGGCUUCUGAAUGGGUCUGUUGGUUGUGGAUGUUUGGUUGUUGAAGCCGAGGGUGCAUCACGUUCUGUGUCCAGUAGCUGUUUUACGCCACUAUCUGCAGGCCACCGGUUCUGUGCCGGUGGAUGUGCUCUGGGUUGAUCUGGUUUCCCUGGUUCCCUGUUCCAGGGCUCAUGUUUCUCAGGUUGUCUACAGUGUUAUUACGUCUAACCAGUCUACAGUCUAUCCUUGCGCCCCAUGAUGUUAGGAAGUAUGUUGCUCUUUCACUGUCUUUGGUAAUAUGUUUUGGGACGAUGUUCGGGAGGAUAUGGAGGUUGAAUAGGGGCCUGGCUGCCACGUAUCUAGCGAACGUCCCAGGUUCUCUGGAGCUUUGUAGCCUUUGGGCGCCGGUCACGGCCGUGUAUCGGUAGUUAGCUUCAGGGAGCCGAAAGGGCUUCCCACAGAAAACCAGCAUUGAAUAUAAGCAAAUUCCAGUUUCUGGGUGAGCCCUGGAGGCUCUGAAACCUCCCCUUCCCUAGGUCAGUAGCUUUCAUCAUUCCAAAACUGAAUGAGUGGGUUGCCGGCUCCCCAGGCCAGCUCUCUCUCUUCCUACGGGGAGCCCCUGCGGCGGGAAGGGGGAGGCUCAUCACCCCCCCCCACCCGCAUCAUCCAACAUCAUCUAGUUGGAUAGUUGGAUGAUGUGUUGCGUGUUUUUAUUUUUUUUCUGGGAGAAUUCUUUUGCUAUUUUGAGGCUGUAGCUCUCAAUUUUCAACUAGACUGGUCUGUUUUAAUUUGCAUUCCUUUCUGGGUGCCUUCCCUAGUAGAUGGCAAAGUAUGCCAUACUUUAAAUGUAAAGUACUCAUAGUCUAUUGCUCUCUGCACCUCUUUGAAGGGGCCAGAUUCUGGUUCUGGUCUGCAAUAGGCAACAAGAACUCUGAUGACCCCAACCAAUAUAGCACUAUAUCAGUGGGAUAGCCUUAGGGAGCUUCCAGGGUUCACUCAGAAACUGGCGUUUCAUUACAUUCAAUGCUGUUUUUGUAAGACUUUUUAUAAUAAUAAUGACAGUUUUAUCACCUUUUUCUCCAUUCAGAAAAGUAAUUUCUUGUAGUAUAGUCUUGCUCCUUUCUCAAAUUUUUAUCACAUUCAUCUCAUACAUAUGAUGCCUCUUUCCAUAUCCAAUGUCUUUAUUUCUACUCAAUAAAUUUCUACCACAUUUGAGCUUUGUGCUAGAAAACUAGUAGCUUUUAAUUGUAGGGUGGUUCUAAUAGGGCACCUCAAUGUCCCAAAAGAAUUACAUUCCACACUAAUUCUUUGCUCUUGAAUUACUCUUUUAUUCCUUAAUCUUGUAAUAUUCAGACAAUGCUCAGCUUAGACAAUGUAUUGAAUAUGCAGUAUAUUAUAUGCAGAAAACGUUUCACUGCAGGAAGUGUCAAAUCUACAGUGAGGCACAUUACUGCAAGAGAAUCUAACUUAUCAUUUGAUUGUGUUUCAUACUGGGAACAGUGAAGCCUCUCCAUCACAAUGCCUUUCAUAUUUUGAUGUAUUACUAGCAAAUAUCACUGUUUA